AUGUAUAGAAAUGUAAAAUAUUACUUUUUAAGCAACUGGAAAAGAACAUAUCGUCAUUAUUCAAGAAAACAAAAUAUAAAUAAUCUUAAUAAUAAAAUAAAAGAUCCUUAUAGUGAUUUAUAUAAAUCUAGUAUGUAUGGUAAUAAUUUUAAAAUAUUACCAAAUAAGAAAACAAAAUCGAAAGAAUAUGAAAUAAUUAAAACAUCAAAUAAUACAUAUUCUUAUACUUCUCCUUAUCCUCCUAAUAUUAAUUACACCUUAACACCAUAUCCAGAAAGUUCAAAAAAAAUGUAUUAUGAAAAUAGAAAAUAUAUUAUGAAAUAUAAAAAUGUAGAAUAUAUACCUAUAAAAAGAUUAACAUACAAAAACGCUUCAAAAAAAACAAAUUGGAACACAUACUAUAUCAGAAGGGAAAAAUGA